AUGGACGCUCCCGAGCCCGAGUCGACGCCUUUCGCGUCUGUUACUGCCCAUACUACCAAGCUCCAGAGACAAUACCAAGCUCUCCUUGACCAGUCCACGCCAUACGUGCUGAACCGCUGGAUCGGCACCGGCGUCACCCUCAUCCUGUUCUUCAUCCGCAUCUUCGUCGCCCAAGGAUGGUACAUCGUUGCUUAUGCGCUCGGCAUCUACCUGCUCAACCUCUUCCUCGCCUUCCUCCAGCCCAAAUUUGAUCCCUCCAACGAUGACCUCGACAACGACAUGGAGGACGGCAACGUGGGCACCCUUCCCACCAAGAGUGACGAGGAGUUCCGACCCUUCAUCCGUCGCCUGCCAGAGUUCAAGUUCUGGUACUGGGCCACGCGCGCCAUCACCAUAUCCUUCUUCUGCACAUGGUUCGAGAUCUUCAACAUCCCUGUCUUCUGGCCCAUUCUCGUCAUGUACUGGAUGAUUCUCUUUGUCCUGACCAUGCGCAAACAAAUCCAGCACAUGAUCAAGUACCGAUACGUUCCCUUCACGGUCGGCAAACGCACCUACGCUAAGGAAAGCUCGUAG